AUGUUUCUCCGGAGAGCUGUGAUUGCUUUUGGUGGCUCUGCUUUUGCAGUUUUUGCCUCUGUGGCUGUGGGAAAGAGUGGUGAUGAUUCUGGUUUUCUAUGUCCACCUAUAAUCCCUGGGCGCUGGGAUUGGAACUGGGAUUGCCGUGAACCAAUGUCUCUAAUAAACUUGAAACCUCUGGAAGGAUGUACAGAGAAGGAGUGUAAGCUGCAGGAAUGGAGGGGGUGGGGCAUUCUAGGCACCAGAACAGCUGUAGUGGUUAUGGUACUUGCUAGUUCCUUUAACAAGCUACAUGCUGUCUUUCUUUCUACAGGGCGUGAACAGGCCAGCCUAACAGGACAGCAUCUGGCACUUCUUGCAAGUGAAGGGAAUAAAUUUAGCUGCAUUAUUUAUUCGUCAUUGACCAGAUCCACAGAAACUGCUGAUAUAAUCAGUAAGAAUUUACCAGAUAUUAAAAUGUGCAGCUCCAGUCUGCUUCACGAAGGACCUCCAAUCCGACCAGUUCCUGCGGAAUCCAAGUGGAUACCAGAUCUUUCUUAUUUUAAAGAUGGCCCACGCAUUGAGGCUGCAUUCAGGAAGUACAUCCUCCGUGCAGAUCCAGAACAAACAAAAGACAGUUAUGAAAUAAUAGUCUGCCAUGAUAAUGUGAUCCGCUACUUUGUAUGCAGGGCACUACAACUCCCACCGGAAGCUUGGCUCCGACUGCCUCUCUAUCAUGGUAGUAUUACAAAGCUGGUGAUAAAACCUGAUGAUGAUGUGUCACUGAAGAUGCUUGGUGAUGCUGGCUUUAUGCCCCCGGGGAAACUCACGGGAGCUUAGCUCUGAGCUGGAUGUCCUCCUAGAGACACACAAGUUACCAUGACUCCCUUACCUUUCUGUUUAAUAGACACUCUCCAGUUGAAGCAGUCUUUCAAUGCAUAUAUUGCACACAGCAUGGGUGGACCAAAUGAUAGUAUAAUUUUUUCUCAUCCCUGCACUAAGAUGAAGGUUCUAGUUUCUGAAUAUGCAGCACCAUGUUCUGAGUUACAAUGCCUUGUGUUCACCAAAUAGCUUUACAACUCAAGCUUGGCACCUCCUAUUGCUCACCUGUACGACAUUGCAGACCCUGUAGCUAUAGCUUGUCUGCCUAGUCCAAAUGGCUUCUUGCGAAACAAAGUACAGUUGAAAGAAGUUACCUGGCUUGGUUAGUGUAAAUACUGUAUCUUAAAUAUAAGGGGCAGUUAUAAUAAAACAAUGUA